GAUAAAUUGAAUGAGUUCAUUAAUGGGUCUUCCUUUUACUUUUAAACUACUUUAGCUGUCGGAAUCGUCACGUUUUAGAUCAUUAUCCAAUUUCAGAUUAUAAAGUUUAAAUCUUUUGUUUUCAAUUAAAAAAAAGUUUAAAACUUUAAAUUCUGAUUCGUUGAACUCCUUUGUCGAAUUCAGACAACUUUAGCGAGCAGACCAGAGAGUGUUGUGUUUUGGUCUGAAACUGAAACUGAAACUAAAAUAUUUUAUUUAUAACGUUGGGCUUAGAUUCGUUUCAAACUCUCCAUUGAAGAUAAUGGCGAAAACCAAUGGAAUCAUCCCGACGAUAGACUUGGGGGAGGUUUCAGACAAGAUCCUGAAUCAGCAAAUCCGUGAAGCCAGCGAGAGAUGGGGAUGCUUCAGAGUGAUUAACCAUGGAGUUCCGUUGUCUUUGAUGUCUGACAUGAAGAUGACCGUUAUGGAUCUCUUCGAACGUCCACACGAGGUGAAAGUGCGUAACACAGACGUGUUACUAGGGAGUGGUUACAGAGCUCCUAAUGAAAUCAAUCCUUAUUAUGAAGCGUUGGGUCUAUACGACAUGGCUUCUCCUCAAGCAGUUAACACCUUUUGUGACCAGCUCGAGGCUUCUGCUGAUCAAAGGGAGAUUAUGGUGAAGUAUGCGAAAGCUAUUGAUGGACUUGCAAAGGAUUUAGCAAGGAGGUUAGCAGAGAGCUAUGGCCUGGCCGAGACCAACUUCUUCAAAGGAUGGCCUAGCCAGUUCCGGAUCAACAAAUAUCAUUUCCAACCCGAAGCAGUCGGGAAGCUCGGCGUCCAGCUACACACUGAUUCAGGCUUCUUGACGAUUCUUCAAGACGACGAAAACGUUGAUGGGCUUGAAGCGAUGGACCAUUCUUCGGGAACGUUUUUUCCCAUAAGCCCGUUGCCAAACACGCUUGCUAUCAACCUCGGGGACAUGGCUGCAAUAUGGAGCAACGGGAGGUUGUGCAACGUGAAGCAUAGAGUGCAAUGCAACGAAGCAACGAAGAGGUUUUCUAUCGCUUCUUUUUUGUUAGGACCGAUGGAUACGGAUUUGGAGCCGCCUAGUGAGUUUGUGGAUGCUGAGCAUCCGCGGCUGUACAAGGCUAUUAGUCACGACGGGGUACGGAAUAUUAGAAUGACUACGAAGUUGCAUGAUGGAGAGGCUCUCAAGCUUAUAACCUAUGAAGAGUGAAAGUCUUAAAUGACCUGAAGAGCAUGUUAAGGGGGUUGCUAUAUAUGAAAACCGAAAAACUUUAGUACUUUUGUUUAAGUUUUCCCUAAGAUCAAUAAAUAGAGAUGCAUCCUCUGUAUUAAUAUCUAUGGAUUUUCGCAAUAUAUAUGAAUAAUUUUCACAUUGCAUAUUUGUGGAUGUUUAUAUAA